ACCACACAAUGAUGCUCCUCUUAAUCUCAAUAGCUCUCCCCAUAAUCUUGUUCUACCUUAUUCACAAACGCAACAAUAAAUCAAGAAAAUCCAAUCUCCCACCACUCAUACAAGGCCUUCCCUUGAUCGGAAACCUCCACCAACUAUCUCGAGCGCCGCUUCUCCACACCUAUCUCUCCCAACUCUCCAACACCCACGGCCCCAUCCUUCGUUUCAACCUCUGCUCCACUCCCACCAUCGUAAUCUCCUCCGCAAAACUCGCAAAGGAAGUCCUCCGCAACCAAGACCUCGCCUUCUGCAGCCGCCCGAAACUAGUGGCGCAGCGCAGGCUCUCCUACAACGCGGCCGACAUGGUGUUCGCACCGUACGGGGCAGAGUGGAGAGAGCAGAGGCGGAUCGCCAACGUGCACCUCCUCAGCCCGGUAAAGGUUCAGUCCUUCCGCAGCGUGCGCGAAGAGGAAGUGGCUCGAAUGGUGGCGGAGAUCGCGCGAUGCGCUUCUUCUUCUUCUCCUGUCGACCUGAGCAAGGCGGUGAUGGGACUGACGACGACUCUGAUAUGCAGGACGGGAUUCGGGAAGAGAUACGAGGAGCAAGGGACGGAGCUGAGGAGAUUCGAGGACCUGCUGACGGAGCUCGGGACGCUGCUCACGGCCUUCUUUGUGUCGGAUUAUUUUCCGGCGCUGAGUUGGGUGGAUAGGGUGUCUGGAUUGACGAAGCGGCUGGAUUGCGCGUUUGAGAAGCUGGACGCGUUCUACCAGGAGCUCAUCGACGACCAUCUGGGCCGUGGACGGGCCCAGAUGGACGACCAGGACCAUAUUCUUGGCAUGCAAAUCAAGUUUGAACUCGACUCUGGAAAACCCAAUUGGGAUCGGGUUAAGGCAUUGCUGAUGAACUUAUUCCUUGGUGGAUCAGACUCAAGUGCAGCAACAAUAGCUUGGGUGAUGACUGCACUGAUGAAGGAGCCACGCAUCAUGGAGAAUGUGCAAUCAGAAAUUAGGAAUGUCGUCGGCGACAAGGGGAAGGUAGACGAAGAUGAUCUGCUAAAACUAGCCUAUCUAAAAGCAGUCAUAAAUGAAACUUUCCGCUUCUACACUCCCGUUCCGAUGCUCUUAGCAAGAGAAACAACUGCAGCAUGUGUGCUAGAUGGCUAUGAAAUUCCUCCCAAAACUACUGUUUAUGUGAACGUGUGGGCAGUUGCAAGAGAUCCCGACUACUGGAAGCUUAACCCAGAUGAAUUCUUGCCUGAGAGGUUCAUUGGUAACGAUAUGGAUGUCAAAGGAAAAGACUUUGGGGCGAUUCCAUUUGGAGCUGGGAGAAGAAUCUGCCCUGGCAUGUCUAUGGGACUUGCCAAUGUGGAGCUUGCUGUUGCAAAUUUGCUCUACUCUUUUAAUUGGGAAAUGCCUCCAGGAGUUCAACUUGACACUCAUGUGUUACCUGGACUCAUCAUGCAUAAGAAAAAUCCACUUAUCCUCAUACCUAAACAAUAUCUUAUUUAGACAUGUAUUUUGUUUCACUUGUUGCAAUAAUUCACCCGUGAUUAAUGUAUUAACUCCACAACGCCUGAUUGAUUUCAA